AUGUUCUCUUCGCAGCGUAUUUCGUACAAAACACCUCUAUUCUUAUGGAUAAUCAGCCAAGUUGCGGGCGGAACAAGUGGGCAACAGACAAACGCUACAUGUGACAAGUCGUUCGACUGGGCGAGCAAUUCCAAGGGGCAAUCCCCAUGUCUGGUCGCUGCAUACCUGCAGGGACAGUGCAAUCCAAGCAAACAAUGGAAUGUGUCGGCUCUUCCUGAUGGGACCCAAUAUCUUGCACCUACGAACCACGAAGUAACUGGUUGUGGAUGCUCCUCACCCGUAUAUUCGUUAAUGAGCGCCUGUGCUGCAUGCCAAGGAGCAUCGUAUGGAACCUGGGGGCAAUGGACCGCCAACUGUCCUGCCGGGUUAAUUAACAAUGGAACUUUCCCGUUCCAAGUCCCUGCAGAUACCGCUAUGCCACAGUGGGCCCUCAAGAUGAUCGGCCCCGACUCUUAUUUUGAUUCCGAGGCUGCAAGAGGCGGAGGCUCGGAUUCGUUAUCUGGAGCGACAGUGUUUUUGAUCGCCCUCCUCCCAAUUCUCCUUAUAGGCAUCGCCGGGAUCAUGGCCUGGGUAUGGUGGCAGCGGAGGAAAAGAAGAGCGCGGAGCGGGAGUAUGGCGGGAAAGGAGCCAUUAUUGCGUUCGGCUGGUUCACGACAAACCAUUAUCAGCGUCGAUACAACAUCAGAUAUACAAAUCCACCUAACUCGUAAAUCGAUGGGCUCUUUGCAUUCUCAAUACGAGUACGACAGACAAUAUACGCAGCCCUCCCCAGUACCUACGACGCCCGAAAGCGCAGGAUAUUCUUCCCACCCGUCUCCGGCCGUAUCAUCUCCGGGCGCCCAAUAUGCCUAUUACCCCGAACCACCAGGUUACCAACCAAAUCAACAGUUUUUGGUUCCUCCAUCAGCUGCGACCAGUCUUGGAUUCAAUCCACAAUAUCACUCGACCGCCCCUCCACAACCGAACCCACCACUCACUGGCGCCACAGCCCAAACAUUUGCCUCUCAAAUAGAAUCCGCCCCUGGUCGACGUGCUUCGGAACCGGUAGUAGUCGAGAACGACUCCGGUACCUUUCCACGAACGCCUGUUGAACCUCAACUGCGGGCACUACCUUUAGACGAUAUGCGCCGUUUAUUGCCUCCAUCUGUUCGAGCUAAUGCGCCAAGCAAUAAUCUCCAAUGA